GACACACAGAAUAACAGACAUAGUCCCCGAGAGGCUGCUGAUUCUCCGCCGUCUUCUGUGUUUCAGUUUCUUCUACAGGCUUGAUAAAAUGCCAUUCCUCAGAUCAUGGAUCAAAGUUAUUGCCAUCCUUGCCUUGGCAUUUUUUCUUUCCUCUGAAGCUGCUUUUGCACCAUCAAAAGUGGAUUCUGAUAGGCCAAACUGUAGUAGAUAUGUGCAACACCUAUAUAUGUGCACCAAAGAACUGGAUCCAGUCUGUGGAACUGAUGGCCACACUUACGGCAACAGAUGUAUUUUCUGCAGUAAACAGUUAGAAAGUAAAGGAAAAUUUACAUUUUCUCACUAUGGUAGGUGCUGAAUUUUGCAGAGAUAUGUAUUCUGGUGGCUUUUAUUGUAAUUAUGUCUCUCUGUGGAUCCUACAAUCAACUGGAAUUUUCUUAUUGGGAGCCUUAAACUAUGAGACAGCCAGGGAAGCUUUUUAUGGAAUAGAAGAUGGAGUAUAUGAUGUUGAAAGGUCUUUUCCCUGAAAGCAUAUGGCUGAAGGAUGUUUAUUCUCUAUGUUGAAUUUUAAAAUGAUAUUAUUAUUGAUUGUGUAUUUGAUAAUAAAAAACCUAGUAUCAUUGAUAAUCAUAAAUAUUUCACCCAAUAAAAUGUUAAAUAAUCU